UCGUAAAUAUUGUGAUGUGCCUCUACUUAUAACAUAAGGCUUCCCAGCACAACCGAAUGCAAGACGAUUAUGCACUUUUAAGUAUUCUACACAACCGUGAGGGUGUCUAGUAACUUGCUGAUAACUCAUCAUUAAAGACCUGACUGUUUCCUUUAAUGGACAUCAUAAGAAAAAAAGAUAUUCAAAAUUUUUAACAUAAACUCAGGCAAUUAAAUACUUAGAUCAAUAAAAAAUUGUGUGGUUUGCGGAAUACUUGUGAAUAAUGGAUACAUUUAUGAAGUUUUAUUUCGAAGAAGUGUUCUGUAAUAUAAAUCGGGAUGGUUUAAAUGAGAGGUUCAAAAGACGGGAGCUUGUUGAAUAUUUCAACACAGUUAUCACUGGAUGUGCUAGAGGUCAAAACUUAUCAGAUAGCAUGACAUGCAAAAAUUUGGUACUAUCCACACUAAGGUAUCAUAAUAACUGCAAAAUGAAUAAUGGCGAUGUUUGCCUCAUGGGCAAAUAUCAUAAUCUACUGUAUAUUGCUAUGAAGUUGGCAUUUGAUUGGAGUCUACAAGAUAAUGGAGUAGUGGCUGCGUUACUUGAUGAAAUAUACACAUGCGAGAAGACAUUUGAGAGAAUAUUUUUAGGAGCCAUAUUUGGUACAUCAGCACCUCAUUUUCUAGCUGGUUGGAAAUCUGACUUCGCGGAUAAAGAAGAGAAUGUCCACGCAUUAGUGUUCUUUCUAGAUCAUGCUACAAACGCUUGUCUUGAAUACACCGAAGAAAAUAUCACAUAUCGCUUUAUAGAUGUACCUUUAGAGAGUUGUGGGAAAGCAUCGCCAGUAAGAGUGGUCAUACAAAUGGGAUUAUCGGAAAUGCUAAUGAUUCUAUUAAGGUUUGGAGCUAGAAUCGCAAGUGAUGCAUCUACGAAUCCUGCUGAAUCUAUUUUAGACAGGCUUAAAGAAUAUAACAGGGUAUAUCCGUACGAACUUGUAUCGUGUUUGAAAUUAAUAUUACGAGCAACACCUAAAAUAGAAUUUACAGUAGAUAAACAGGUUUUCAAGGAUUUGGAGCUACCAGAUGAUUAUAAUUAUCAAAGAAGAAUAGUUUUGGAGAAAUAUGGUGAAAUUCUUGAAGAUCGUUUGAUACCCAGUUCAAGGUGUGGACUUAGGCCUGUAGAGUUGAAACAUCUUUGCAGAUGUUGUGUAAGAGAAAUGUUAUGGAAAAAUUUCGAGUUACCAUUCGGUAUACAGAAACUUCCGAUUCCGGUGGCUUUAAGGAGAUACCUUGAUUUGUGUGACGAUUAAAGUUUUUAUAUUUACAUAUCUUAUUUAUUAUUUGUGUAGAA